GAUGAGUGUCUGUGGAUUGGAGAGGUUUGGAUAACCGUAGUGUGCCAGCUCUGACCUGACACUAACUGGCUCCUGACUAGCAGGAAUGUUCCUUUAAAGAGAAAAAUGCAAAGAGACGGGGCGGAGCCGCAAGCCCGCUGUCACUCUCAGUAUUCCAUAGUAGAUUCACAGUAUAUCUUCAGGCUAUUAGCAAGCAAAUCAACUGUAAGGUAGAAGGUCCCGACGAAUACGAGAGAACGCAGAUCAGUCCUCGGCUUUUGCAGAAGUAAAUGCGGCAUAAUGGAAUACUUUUCCCUGGGUAUCUGAACCGGCUGUGUUGUCUAACUGGGGUCUUUGUUCUUCUUUGAUAAUAUCUGAUUGUUGUUGAAAGGGAAAGUAUAGCCUACAUUGGCUUUGAACCUUUGCUUUACAUUCGCGGAGGAAAUCUUGCAUCUAGUUGCCACUUGAAAAACUCCAACGAGGUGUCGCGUUGCCUAUUCACAGGGCUGCUCUCGAGUUCUCUCAUAGGCUAACCUCUUCUUGGUAACACUUGCUCUUGGGUCGGAACUAUGAUGUGGACUUUGUUUGCUGUUUUUACCUGCACUGGACUAUCUGGUAUUCUUGCAGAUGUGGGUCGUGUAGGGGGUGUAGCCCCUCACUGUGAGAGCCAGGCGUGUAACCCCCGAAUGGGCAAUCUGGUGCUAGGCCGCAGGGUCCUGACCCAGACCGUAUGUGGCUACAAGGGCACCGAGCCCUACUGCUCCUACUCUGACCCCUCCUCCUCCAGAGAGCCCUGCCCCCCGGCCAGGUGUGGGGAGUGCAACGCGGCCCUCCCCCUGCAGGCCCACCUGGCUGCAGCCAUGGCCGACUCCUCCUUCCGCCACCCCAACACCUGGUGGCAGUCGGCGGGGGAAGCGGAGUCUGAGACUCUGCAGCUGGAUCUGGAAGCGGAGUUCAUCUUCACCCACCUGAUCAUGGUGUUCCGCUCGCCCCGCCCCACCGCCAUGACACUGGAGCGCUCGCAGGACUUCGGGCAGACCUGGAAGACAUUGCAGUACUACGCCAGGAACUGUAGUGCUACCUUUGGACUGGAGGAGGGAAAGGCAGUGCUGGACGGGGCCCCCUGCACCUCCAAAUACUCUGGAGCUUACCCCUGUACCAGGGGAGAGGUUAUCUACCGUGCCCUCCCCCAAUGGGAAUCUCUUGACCCGUAUGGGGCGUCAGGCCAGGAGCAGCUGAGGGUGACCAACGUGCGCAUACGUCUGCUGGAGCGCCAAUCCUGUCCCUGCCAGGUCAAAGAUCCCACCGCUGGAGCCCCGCCCACCCAGCACUUCGCCAUCUAUGACCUCAUCGUGAAGGGCAGCUGCUUCUGCAAUGGGCACGCCGAGCAGUGUGUCCCUGCACCCGGCUACCGGCCUGUCAGGGACAGAACCAACCACGUGGUUCAGGGGAUGUGUGUGUGUAGACACAACACUGCAGGUGUUCACUGUGAGCGUUGCGCUCCGCUCUACAACGACCGACCAUGGCAACCUGCGGACGGACUCACAGGGGCUCCACACGAGUGCAGGAAGUGUAAGUGUAACGGGCAUGCCCAGAGCUGCAGUUUUGAUUGGUUGGUGUGGCGGGAGUCCGGCCAGCGCAGCGGAGGUGUGUGUGAGUGUCUACACAACACAGAGGGACACAACUGUCAGAGCUGUAAGACUGGCUUCUACAGAGACCCCCAGAGACCCCACACGGCCCAGGACUUCUGUAAACCAUGUGGCUGCCACCCCCUGGGUUCAAUACCCUUCCACCCAGGCGGGAGGUCUCCCUGUGACCCUACCAAUGGAGACUGUGUCUGCAAGCCCGGCGUGGGGGGUUCCCACUGCGACAGGUGCAUGGUGGGAUACUGGGGUUUCCAUGACUACGGCUGCCGUCCGUGCGACUGUGCAGGAGACUGCGACCCCUUCACGGGAUACUGCAUGUCUGGGUCAGAUCUGGACCUGUAUAAUCUGGAGGGUAACUCCAGUGAGCCGGUGAGGAUCUUUAGGGCAGACGAGCUCUUUUCUGCCCUACACUACUCAGAGAAAUGUGAGUGUAAGGAGCAGGUCCUGGCCAACAGCAAACUAUUCUGCAGCAUGAAGUUUGCCUAUGUGUUGAAGGUUAAGAUCCUGUCAGCCCAUGAUAAGGGCUCCCAUGCUGAGUUGGAGGUAAAGGUUCAGAAGGUGUUGAGUCAGAACACUAAGGUGAAGAUCCAGAAAGGACGAGUCACUCUCUACCCAGAGUCCUGGACCGCACGGGGCUGCACCUGCCCCAUCCUCAACCCAGGUGUUGAGUACUUGGUGGCGGGCCAUGCAGACAGGAAGCAGAACCGUCUUAUCGUCAACAUGAAGAGCUUCGUCAAGCCCUGGAGAGCCAGCCUUGGACGCAAGGUCCUCACACUAAUGAAGAAAAACUGCACCUGAGAGAGAGAGAGAGAGAGAGAGAGAGAGAGAGAGAGAGAGAGAGAG